CGGUUGGCUGGGCGGUGGGAGGUGUGCGGGCCGCGAUGGGGCCGCUGCCCGGGGGAAGAUGGCCGCCGUGACCGCUCUGCGGAGCAGCUGCCGGGCCGCGGGCCGCCUGGUGUGCAUUCACCGUGUUAGAUCCUGCAGCAGCGUUCGCUCCGUCAGAUCCAAGUAUGUGUGUGUGUCGGACAGACCUGCCCUCAGCUUUAGCCACCGACAGCGCUUGUUCAGAACAUCUGCUGUUUCAUGUGGCCAAAUUGUCCAGUUUAAGCUCUCUGACAUUGGAGAAGGGAUUACAGAGGUGACUGUAAAAGAAUGGUACAUAAAGGAAGGUGACAGCGUGUCUCAGUUUGACAGCAUCUGUGAGGUCCAGAGCGACAAGGCGUCCGUGACCAUCACCAGCCGUUACGACGGCGUCAUUAGGAAACUCCACUACAGCUUAGAUGAAAUUGCUUAUGUUGGAAAGCCAUUAGUGGACAUCGAAAUUGAUGCUUCAAAAGGUGUUGCCUCAGAAGAAGAUGUUGUUGAAACACCACCUAUGUCUCAUGACGAGCACACUCACCAGGAGAUAAAAGGUCACAAAACAUUAGCAACCCCUGCGGUUCGUCGCCUGGCCAUGGAGAACAACAUUAAAUUGAGUGAAGUUAUUGGAACAGGGAAAGAUAACAGAAUCCUUAAAGAAGACAUACUCAAUUACUUGGCCAAACAAACGGGAGCUAUUUUACCUCCAUCACCAAAGGCUGAGAUUAUCUCACCCGUGCCAAAAGCAGAGAGUGUGCCAGCUGCUCCAGUGGACAAGGCACACAAAGCUCCAGUACCUCUUGCCAGGCCCGUGGUGGUUGCAGGGAAAGAUAAAACUGAGCCUGUAACAGGCUUUCAGAAGGCGAUGGUAAAGACUAUGAGUGCAGCCCUGAAGAUACCCCACUUCGGUUAUUGUGACGAGGUCGAUUUGACUCAGCUUGUGCAGUUGCGAGAAGAGAUGAAGCCUCUAGCCCAGGCUCGUGGAGUUAAGCUUUCCUUUAUGCCUUUCUUCAUAAAGGCAGCCUCUCUGGGAUUGUUGCAGCAUCCCAUUCUUAAUGCUUCUUUGGAUGAAAGCUGCCAAAAUGUCACGUAUAAGGCCUCACACAACAUUGGAGUUGCCAUGGACACAGAGCAAGGUUUGAUUGUCCCAAACGUGAAAAACGUUCAAGCCUGUAGCGUGUUUGAGAUUGCUUCCGAGUUAAAUCGCCUCCAGUCCUUGGGCUCUGCAGGCCAGCUGGGGACAGGUGACCUCACCGGGGGAACGUUCACCCUGUCCAAUAUUGGCACAAUUGGUGGCACGUAUGCCAAAGCAGUGAUACUACCUCCUGAAGUAGCUAUUGGAGCUCUUGGAAAGAUACAGGUCCUUCCUCGGUUUAAUGAGAAAGGCGAGGUGUUUGCAGCACGGAUCAUGAGCGUGAGUUGGUCAGCAGAUCACCGCAUCAUUGACGGAGCGACCAUGGCCCGCUUCUCCAACCUGUGGAAAUCCUACCUAGAGAACCCUGCCUCAAUGCUGCUGGACCUGAAAUGAAGGAAGCCAUAGCCUGAAGAUGCCUUAGAACUUUGUGGCUUAGACUGAAUCAUUAUCAAAGCUGGCUCUGCUAGCACGUGCCCUUUGCUACUCACAUUAGGUAUCGAUCUUACGUGGUCACAAGUUCUCCGCAGCUGCUACCAGGCUGUGGGUUAGCUGUUACUUCUCUUCAUUAGUAGUGCUGUAACUUCUCCUACAGCAGACUGUCGGACUUCAUAGGUCAGAGCCUGACUUCUGGACGUGGUGGUGGAAUGUCUUCACUCUGCCUUCUCUGAUACACAUGGUUGUGAGGUCAGUGUGACUGGAAGGCGCUCAUCAGCACCUGAGGUGUUUCUAACCCCAUUAACCUGUUUGGAAGGGAAUUCUCAUGGUUCUUCCUCGGUGAGCAUAUCUAUAGAUUUUUUAAAACAAACAAUAUCAAAACUCCCAACAGAAGUUAUGCAAAAAUCAUGUACAAAUAAACUGCUUUAUAUGCUUCUGCUGUAAGAUGUCCAGAGAGCUUUUUGUUGUUGAACUGAGGAAGCCUCUCAAGGCUUUUGCUAGCCCACUUUUUCCUGGCAAUUACUUGCACAGGUAAUCUUUAUCAAGUCAUAAAUGAAGAGGCCAUAUUUAUUCAAAUGCUUCCUGACAACAUUUACUGGUUCAGGGCCUUAAUACUCUCUGUAAUAUCCUCUGGUUUUAUAGGCUGGAAGUAGUUGCAGUCCUUAAAUACUUUCCAGUUAUCUUUGUUUCUUACAGAAAACAUCCUCCCGUUGAAAGUAAGGGGGAAAAAAAAGAUCCCAUUGUUAUUCUGUCAUUGGGUGAGCCUGACAGUAACCAGGACACGUUCUAAAAGCUUCCAUGGUAUUACUGAUGUUCAGGUACCAGGAUCUGACAGGUGGAUGAGACACAAUGAAUAAUUAGCAUUCAAAAACAGUGUGUGAGAGAAGAACGCCUUAAACCUGGUUGAGGCACAUUGUGAAUAGGUUCUGUUUAACGCCUCUAGAACAGACAGCAGACAUGUGGCUUGAAGGUAAACUAAACAGAUAUAAAGAGGGUUGCACUGGUUAUUUGUCAGGAGAUCUGAAGAAGGCUGGUGGCCAUAAAUACCUUCCAGAAACUUAAGCUUCAAACAGACCCAAGAAAAGACCUUUUGUGGCCUUAAAAAUUCAUUUGUGAAACACAAAAUGGAUGUUUUCUCCUGUUUUUAGAUAUAUCCAAAACUGCCUCUACAGGACCAUUCUCCAGAUUUACAGACCAAAGUUGCCUAUUGCAUUUAGCUGUGAAGAUGCAAGACACAAGCUGCUAGAGGUAGAGUCUCAUUGGUCCUUGUUGCUGAGACUGAGCAAGAGGAAAGCUGGUGAUGCAGGGAAGGGAGGGUGGGAGCAUAUGUGUAAGGUGCUAUUCCUAUUGUGGUAUGAGGGUCUUUUAUAUUUAGGUCAUUUCUUGCAGAGUUGGACUAAUAUAUCAUGCUUACCAUCUGUCUCAUUUUUAACAGAUUUAUUUAUUCAUAAUAAAGACACUGAAGCCCCAAA